AUGGUCUUCUCCUUUGCCUUCCCUACCACCGUUCGUAAUUCCGCCAUUCUCUCCCCCUCCGUCCCCAACUCCUCUUCCAUUCCACCUCCCACCAUCAUGACGGCUCCCGCAUUCGUCACCUCGGGCUCCACCGCCCUCACGUCCGGCCUCACCCAUGCGGCAGGAACGUCUGUCCACCGCCCACGCUCGGCCCGCCGCCCGCCGUGCCCGCGCUUCACCAUGUCCGCGUCGCGCAAAUUCCUCGUCGGUGGCAACUGGAAGUGCAACCUCACCAAGGCCGCCAUCUCCGACCUCGUCUCGGCCUUCAACGCCGCCUCUCCCUUGGACCCGACCGCCGUCGAAGUUGUCAUCGCCCCGCCGGCCAUCUACCUCGACUCGACCCGCCAAAUCCUUCGCGACGACUUCGCCAUCAGUGCGCAAAACGUCUGGGUCUCUGCGGGCGGCGCGUACACGGGCGAGCUGGAUGCCACCAUGAUUUCCGACGUCGGCGGCGAUUGGACCAUUCUAGGCCACUCGGAGCGCCGCCACCACCCGGUGCUCAAGGAGUCGGACGCGACGAUUGCGGAGAAGGCAAAGUACGCGCUGGAGACGGCGGGGCUCAACGUGAUGUACUGCAUCGGCGAGCUGCUGGAAGAGCGCCAGUCGGGAAACACGGUGGCCGUGUGCGAGCGCCAGCUGGCGGCGCUGGCGGCGACCGUGUCGGAUUGGAGCAAGAUCGUGAUCGCGUACGAGCCGGUGUGGGCGAUUGGGACCGGGGAGGUGGCGACGCCCGAGCAGGCCGAGGAGGUGCAUUUCGCCGUGCGUAAAUGGCUGGAGAAGAACGUGGGCAAGGGCGUGGCCGAGGCGACAAGGAUUUUGUACGGAGGGUCUGUGUCGCCGGCCAACUGCGAGGAGUUGGCGAAGAAGGGCAACAUCGACGGGUUUUUGGUGGGUGGGGCCAGCAUGCAGCCGUCCUUCUUGGAGAUCGUCGACAGUUACAAGACGGCCAUGGCGGCAACGGUUUAGAUUAGGAGCCAAAUGUGUGCAAAGGUUACCGGCCUAGAUGCCAUAGGUAGCCGUGCGUGAUGGAGAGGCAUUGCCAACGAAAAGAAAAAA